AAUCGGAUUAGCUUCGUGCGUUUCCGUCGAGGCUUCGUGCGUUUCCGUCGGGCUGCGCGCUCCUCCGUUGUUGGCUUCCUCGGGCGAACGUAAAACUUUAAGAUCAACAGCCGCCAUUUUGUUUGGAGGUUCUCUCGCCCGGGAGCGCGGUCUCGGCCGCCGGGACACACAGCCGCAGCCCGGCAGUCGCCGUCCGUUCUGCCGUUCGCCGUCGCCUCCGCGGUGCCUCUCCUCCCCUACCUUACGCGCGCUUAGCCGUGCGAGGAGGCUCUCCGUGGUCGCUCUUUUGUGUUUUGUUGAGAGAGGGCUGCCGCCGCCGCCGCCGUGGCCGCCUCGACCGCCGCCGCCGCGCUCCGUUCGCUGCCUCCUUCCAUUGCACCCCGGCCGGAGAGCCGUCACCAUUUUUUUUAUUUUUUUUCCUCUCCCGUCUCGCUCGCUUUAUAUUUUAUUUUUGAAAAACAAAGCUUAAGAAUUAUUUAUUGAUAUUUUUUUCAUUCUUUUAAACGAGCUUCGCGGAUUCGAUAACGGGUGGAGGGAGGUCGUGUGUGUGUGGGGGUUUUUUUUUCAGUUUUUUUUCUGGAUUUCAGCGACGAGGUGAUUACAAGGGAAGGCGGGGGGAGAAGAUAAAUAAAUAUAAAAUAAUUAAUCAAUAGCCCCUAUAUUUUAUUUUUUCACCGUAAAUCUCAAGUAUAACCGUCGAGUCGUCCAGCGGAAGCAAAAAAAAAUCAAAAUUCUAUCUCGACUCGGGGGGCCCCCCCUUUUACGCGUCCUUCAUCUGCGGGCAAAGUAGUGUUUUCGUCGGCAGGGGCGCUAGGUGAGACGUAAGGCUUCGGCCUAAGCUUGGGCGUCCCCCGCGGGGCCCGUCUGUCCCUCCCGGCCCGGCCUCCCUCCCUCAUCCCUCGGGAGGGUUGGACGAUGCCCUGAUCGGCCAGGACACGGGACGGCGAGCCGCCUCGCGGCUCUCUUCGCCGUCGUCGCCUUCGGCUGGUCGGCGGUGGGGAAGGAAGGCCGAGACAGGGGGGGGGGAACCCCGGCUACUCGCGAGAGGCAGAAGCUAUUGGUUCUGUUCGGACGACGAGGAGAAGGAGGAGGAGGAAAAAAAACUCGACGACGAGGUUGGGGCUAGGGUGGGUGGGUGUGGGGGGGGACGGGCGUGCGGCCCCGACGAGGUGGACCGCACCGGCCAUGGCUGCGUUGCGUACGGACUGCCCGAGGGGCCACUGAUUUAAGGAAGAAGGAGACGACGACGACAACGACAGUAAUUAUCGAGUUGGAUCAACGGAGACAGACGGCACUGUACGAGUGAUUUGAGAGGAGGGGAAUACGAGGAAGAGAAGGGAGCCAGGACGGUAGGGGAGGGUGGAGGAGGAGGAGGAAGACGCGCGCGCGCGCGAAGGCAAAGAAAUAAGACGAGGAUUUAAAAGGAAAUCGCCACCAGCAACAAGUCUCGACGCAGGGACUCGGGGGCGACUGCGUUUUCCGAAUGAUCUCUGGCCGCGGUGAGACUGCUGCUGCUGCAAAAUGGCCGAGAACCUGAUGGACGGACCGCCCGCCGCCAAGCGGCCCAAGAUCUCCUCGCCGACUCUCUCCGCCAGCGACGGCGCAGAUACUGCCUUCGGCUCGGUGCUGUUCGAGUUGGAAAGCGAGUUGCCAGAUGAACUCAUCCCGUCGAGCGACCCCCUGUCCCGGCUGCCCAACGGCGGGGAGCCGGGAACCAUGGGUGGCGGUGGCGCCACGUCCAUGAUGCACGACGCCGCCGCCAAGCACAAGCAGCUGUCCGAGCUGCUUCGAGCGGGCAGCACCUCCAACCUGGGCCCUGGCGGCGGUGCCGGUGCGGCCUCUGGAGCCGCCGGCUCAGCCCAGGGCCAGGCUGCUGGACAGUCUUCGGCAUCCGUCGGCGCCGGGCAGCAACAACAACAGCAACAGCACAGUCCCAACGUGUCCACGGUGCUGGGCAAUGCUGUGAAAAGCCCUGCGGCGCAGGGCGGCCUCACCUCACCUCCCGGCAUGCUGGCUGGGGUAGGUGGGCAGGGAGGACCAGGCGGCCACGGGGGGCCCGAGCAGCAGCAGGGCCACCCUGGCUCUGUGGGCAUGCAAGGUGGAAUGCUGAAUCCGGCGGUGAAGAAUGCCAUGAACUCUGGCAUGGGGCAGGGCCACCAAACACUCCUGAACAGCAAUGCGCAAACGAUGAUGCAGCAGCAGCAACAGCAGCAGCAGCAAGGCGGGCAACAGGGACAAAUGCUGAACGGGCCCCUUUCGGCCAACAGCCUGGGGGGCAUGGCUGGAGGAGCAGGAGGCCCCGCGCCUCCCCGUGCUGCCAUGCAGUUCCAGGGCACGGUGGGAGCCAACAGCCUCCUGGCCGAGACCCUGGCCCAGGCGACGCCGGGGAAUCACCCCGGCCUGGCGCAGUCUCAGGCCGGUGCCAUGAACAAGAUGACACCAUCCAUGGGAGGUGGCGCCUACGGCCAGCAGUACAACCAGGCCACCAACCAGCAACUGAGCGCUGCGGCCAUGGGCAGCACGAUGCAGAACAAGGGCGGCAUGAUGAACAGCAUGCCGGGCUUCCCCAGCGACCUCAAGAACACCUCCAUCACCAGCAUGGCCAAUAUGCCACAGCAGGCGGGCGGACUGGCUCAGCCUCCCGCGCAGGGCCUGGCCUCCACGCCAGCGGCCGACCCCGAGAAGCGCAAGUUGAUCCAGCAGCAGCUGGUGCUCCUGCUGCACGCGCACAAGUGUCAGCGGCGCGAGCAGGGCAACGGCGAGGUGCGGCCCUGCAACCUCCCGCACUGCCGCACCAUGAAGAACGUGCUCAACCACAUGACGCACUGUCAAGCCGGCAAGUCCUGCCAAGUGGCUCACUGCGCGUCAUCGAGGCAGAUCAUCUCCCACUGGAAGAACUGCACACGACCCGACUGUCCUGUGUGCCUCCCGCUCAAGAAUGCGGGAGACAAGCGUAACCAGCAGUCCCUGCUGGGCGCCCCGUCGCUGGGUGUGAGCAGCUCGGUGAGCACGGGUGUUAUGGGUCAGCCCAGCACGCCCGGUCUCUCGACGUCAAACCCCAUCGACCCAAGCUCCAUGCAGCGUGCCUACGCCGCACUGGGCAUCCCGUACCAGAGCAGUCCUCCCCAUGUGGCCCAGCAGCAGAGCGCCAAUCGAGCCAUGAACAGCAUCAAUGCCAACCAGAUGGGUGGUAUGGGCACUGGCGGAAUGGGCAUGUCCAACUCCAAUCAGUCGGGUAGCAUGAUGCAGGACCCUGGCAUGCUGCCGCCCAUCGGAUCCCAGAGCCCAAUGGGUGGGGAUAACGGGCAGGCCGGAGGUCUUACGGCAAGUGCGGCCACGGCUGCCCCCAGCACAGGCGUGCGCAAGGCCUGGCACGAGCACGUCACUCAGGACCUGCGAAAUCACCUGGUGCACAAGCUUGUCCAAGCCAUAUUCCCCACGCCGGACCCAGCUGCACUGAAAGACCGGCGGAUGGGCAACCUGGUGGCCUACGCACGCAAGGUUGAAGGGGACAUGUACGAGUCUGCCAACAGCCGGGAGGAGUACUACCAUCUGUUGGCGGAGAAGAUCUACAAGAUCCAGAAGGAGUUGGAGGAGAAGCGGCGGUCACGCAUGCAGAAGCAGAUGAUGCAGAACCCUGCUAGCAUGCCGACCAUGAAUAUGUCGCCGGGACAGGCCAUCCGACCGCCCAAUGGGCCAAUGUCCGACACCGGUAUAAUGCAUACAACUGCUCCAAGCACUCCAGGGGUGCCUUCUCAGCUGCAUGGCCGCAUGCCAGCUCCACCAGCAGGACCUGGGCUCGGAGCUUGGCGGGGUCCGGCGUGGCACGGUGUGGCGGCGGGUUCUGAGUUUGCCGGCGCUGUUGGUGCUCGUGUUCCCGCAGGACCCGGGGGCCAGUUUGGGCAGAUGCCCCCGAUGGCAGUGCCACCAGCCGUCCUCAACCAGCGCUCGACGCCACCACUCAACCACCCCAAUCAGUUGAACCAAAUUAACCAAAUGAAUGCUAUCAACCAGAUGGGGAGUACGCGCAUGCCGCCGGCGCAAAGCAUGAUGCACAUGGGCAACAUUGGAGCGCAAUCGCAGCAGCAGUCGCCGACGCAGCAGCAGCAACAGCAGCAGCAGCAACAGCAGCAGCAGCAACAACAGCAGCAGCAGCAACAACAGCAGCAGCAGCAACAACAGCAGCAACAGCAGCAACAGCAGCAGUUCCACUCGCAACAAGCGGGGCCUUUCCCUCCUGUGACAGCAGGCAAACCCACAAGCAGCGGGGCCCCCUCACAAACCCCUCCGCAGCCUGCUACCACACAGGCGGCACCCAUGCCAAGCACAGUCAUGCAGAACAGUGGAAAGGGGAACGCAGGGCUUCCUCCAGUGACCCAGGUGGCCGGGAUGGCUCCAUCAGCCGGGUCUCCUCUGCCACCUGCCCAUCAGUCCAGCCAGCCGCCCACGGCCCAAUCUGGCAUGCACGGGAAGCAAUCGCCGCAGCAGCAGAUGCCGCAGCAGCAACAGCAGCAGCAACCGCAGCCUCAACCACCGCCUCAACCGCUUGCUCAGGUGCAGUCUCAGGUUCAGCGUUCUCCACAGAGCCAGGCGAUUCCUCUGGCGCAGACGACGCUGCCUUCGGCCCAGGGACCCACGUCUGUGGGGCCAUCCCCAACCGCAGGGCCCCAGCACCUGCAGCAACCACCGCGCCCGCAGUCACAGCCACAGCCACAGCCUGGGACGCCGGGCCAGCCACAGCCCAAGACUCCGAUGUCACAGUCGUGCGUGAGCGCCGGCGACGUGAAGGUGGGCACCCCAGCGUCGGCAGGCAGCGCGUCAGACGGAGGCUCGCAGCCCGUGCCCAUGGACGUCCCCACAGCCGCCACCGCCACCGACAUCAAGAUGGAGAUAAAAAUGGAGGAGGGCGCCAGCGAGGGUGCCGCCCAGCCCGACGAGAAGCCCGACGUUAAGCCAAUUCGGGAGGAGGUGGACGGCGAGGUGGAAAAGAUGGAGCCGAGCGAGGUGGACGAGAAGCCCGAUAUCAAGAUGGAGGUGAAGGAGGAGAGCUCCGAGUCGAGCAACUCAUCGACUGGGCCACAGCCCUCGCCCGCCACACCCCAGCCACGACCCAAGAAAGUGUUUAAGCCCGAGGAGCUGCGGCAGGCUCUGAUGCCCACACUGGAAGCCCUGUACCGGCAGGACCCCGAGUCCCUGCCCUUCCGUCAGCCCGUGGACCCACAGGCACUGGGGAUUCCCGACUACUUUGACAUCGUCAAGACCCCAAUGGACCUGUCGACAAUAAAGCGGAAACUGGACACGGGGCAGUACCAGGAGCCAUGGCAGUACGUGGACGACGUGUGGCUCAUGUUCAACAACGCUUGGCUCUACAACCGCAAGACGUCGCGUGUCUACAAGUACUGCUCCAAGCUGGCCGAGGUGUUCGAACAGGAGAUCGACCCCGUCAUGCAGAGCUUGGGCUAUUGCUGUGGGCGCAAGUACGAGUUCUCCCCGCAAACGCUGUGCUGCUACGGCAAGCAGCUGUGCACGAUCCCCCGCGACGCCUCCUACUUCAGCUACCAAAACAGUUCACCCAAAUAUGGCCUUAUUGCUGACAGGUAUCACUACUGUGAAAAGUGCUUCAAUGAGAUCCAAGGGGAUACCGUAUCCCUUGGGGAUGAUCCCUCUCAGCCGCAAACGACCAUUAACAAGGACCAGUUUGAAAAGAAGAAAAAUGACACUCUUGAUCCUGAGCCGUUUGUCGAGUGUAAGGAGUGUGGACGAAAGCUGCACCAAAUCUGUGCGCUCCACAAUGAGACCAUUUGGCCAGCCGGCUUUGUUUGUGACACUUGUUUAAAGAAAACGGGAAGGACGAGGAAAGAAAACAAGUUUUGUUCUAAAAGUCUGAAUGCGGGGUUGCCGACGUCCAAACUGGGCACUCACCUUGAGAAUCGCGUCAACAACUUCCUGCGGCGGCAGAACUGUCCGGAGGCGGGCGAAGUGACCGUGCGCGUGGUGCAUGUUUCCGACAAAACGGUGGAGGUGAAACCUGGGAUGAAAGCCAGGUUUGUGGACAACGGGGAGAUGGCGGACUCGUUCCCCUACCGAGCUAAAGCACUUUUUGCCUUCGAGGAGAUUGACGGCGUCGACGUUUGUUUCUUUGGGAUGCACGUCCAGGAGUACGGCUCCGACUGUCCGCCACCCAAUCAGAGGCGGGUGUAUAUAUCGUACCUGGACAGUGUGCACUUCUUCCGACCGCGACACCUACGCACAGCUGUCUACCACGAGAUCCUCAUUGGCUACCUGGAGUACGUCAAGAAAAUUGGCUAUACCCAGGGUCAUAUCUGGGCGUGCCCACCCAGUGAGGGCGACGACUACAUCUUCCACUGCCACCCUCCAGACCAGAGGAUACCCAAGCCUAAGCGCCUGCAAGAAUGGUACAAGAAGAUGCUGGACAAGGCAGUGGCUGAGAGAAUCGUCCAUGACUACAAGGACAUCCUGAAGCAGGCCACAGAUGACCGGUUGACGAGCGCCAAGGAGCUGCCCUACUUUGAGGGAGACUUCUGGCCCAACGUGCUUGAGGAGAGCAUCAAGGAGCUGGAGCAAGAGGAGGAGGAGCGCAAGCGAGAGGAGACGAGUGCAUCAUGCGAGAGCACCGAGAUUGUGCAGGGGAAAAAGGGAGAUAGCAAAAACGCCAAGAAGAAGAACAACAAGAAGACAAGCAAGAGCAAGAGUAGUAGCAGCCGCACCAGCAAGAAAAAGCCAGGCAUGCCCAGCGUGUCCAACGACCUCUCUCAGAAGCUGUACGCCACCAUGGAGAAACACAAGGAGGUGUUCUUCGUCAUCCGGCUUCAUCCCCCGGCGGCGGCAAACUCUGUGCCGCCAAUCCAGGACCCAGAUCCGCUGGUGACGUGCGACCUCAUGGACGGGCGCGACGCCUUCCUGACGAUGGCGCGAGACAAGCACUACGAGUUCUCGUCGCUCCGCCGCGCCAAAUGGUCCACCAUGUGCAUGCUGGUGGAGUUGCACAACCAGGGGCAGGACCGCUUCGUGUACACCUGCAACGAGUGCAAGCACCACGUGGAGACACGCUACCACUGCACCGUGUGCGAGGACUACGACCUGUGCGUGGCCUGCUACAAGACCAAAGGCCACGAGCACAAGAUGGAGAAGUGGGGCCUGGGCCUGGACGACGACAGCAACAACCAGCCCAUGCAGAACCCACAGGAGUCGCGCCGCCUCAGCAUCCAGCGCUGCAUCCAGUCACUGGUGCACGCGUGCCAGUGCCUCAACGCCAACUGCUCGCUGCCGUCCUGCCUCAAGAUGAAGCGCGUCGUGCAGCACACGCGCGUCUGCAAGCGCAAGACCAACGGCGGCUGCCCCAUCUGCAAGCAGCUGAUAGCGCUGUGCUGCUUUCAUGCCAAGCACUGUCAGGAGAACAAGUGUCCCGUGCCCUUCUGCCUCAACAUCAAGCACAAGCUGCGGCAGCAGCAGCUGCAGCACCGCCUGCAACAGGCGCAGAUGCUGCGGCGGCGCAUGGCCGCGAUGACCCAGGUGACGCAGCAGCAGCAGCCGCCUCCGCCGCCGAGAGUCACGCCGCCGCACGCGGGCCUGCCUUCGCCGACGGGCACCAGUGGGAGCUCGGUGCCGACCACGCCGACGGGGCCGCAGGCUGUGCCCCAGACGCCCCCAGGCCCCACCGUCGGGCAACCGCCGCAAUCCGCCCUCGUGCCGCCGGGCCUUUCGCAGCCGCCAAACAACGUGACGCUGGCCAACAACGGCAUGGCGCGCCAAGCGGGAGCCCCCGGGAUGUCGGGUGGAAAGCCGACGGGGCAGCCAGGGCCCGGACAGGCACCGCCGGCCGCCGCCGUGGAGAUGGCGCGGCAGAUCGAGAUGGCGGCGCAUAACCAGCGGCACAUAGCCUCGCAGCAGCAGCAGCAACAGCAGCCGCAGCAGCCCCAACCGCAGCAGUCGCCUUCCAUGUUCUCGCGGCCAUCCAACAUCAACGGCAGCAUGGGAAUGAGCAACUCGCCGAUGAUGAUGGCCGGCCAGCAGAUGACGUCGAUGAACCAUUUGGGUUUAAAUAUGACGGCUCCGCGCGGGCCACAGCAGUUGCCGCAGGGCAUAGGGGCCAUGGGCAUGCAUCAUUGGCAGCAGCCCGGCAUGCCGACCCAGCAGAUGCAGCCGGGCAUGCAGCGGGCGACGGGCUUGCAGAUGGGCAUGUCACAGCAGCAGAUGAACAUGGUGGCAGCGCAGGGUGGUAGCGUAGGCCCCAGUAUGCAGGGCCCCACGCAGGGAGUGCAGCGGGGCCAGAUCCCGCCGUCAGCGCUGCAGGACCUGCUGCGCACGUUGCGUUCGCCCAGCUCUCCGCAGCAGCAGCAGCAGGUGCUCAACAUCCUCAAGAGCAACCCGCAGCUAAUGGCGGCCUUCAUCAAGCAACGAGCGUCCCGCUACCAGGCCGGCCAGCCUGUCAUGCAGCCGGGCAUGCCGCCACAGCAAGGCAUGCAGCAGGGCAUGCAGCAGGGCAUGCAGCAGAGCAUGCAGCAGGGCAUGCAGCAGGGCUUGCAGCAGGGCAUGCAGCAGGGCUUGCAGCAGGGCUUGCAGCAGGGUUUGCAGCAGGGGAUGCAGCAGGGGAUGCAGCAGGGAAUGCAGCAGGGGAUGCAGCCGGGAAUGCAGCCGGGCAUGCAGCAGGGCAUGCAGCAGGGCAUGCAGCAAGCGAUGCAGCCGGGAAUGCAGCAGGCGAUGCAGCAGGGGAUGCAGCCUCAGCCAGGGAUGCAGCAGGGGAUGCAAAACGCAAUGGCGAUGCGUCCUGGCGGCCCUCAGCCCGGCAUGGGUAUGAACCCGCAGGCGCAAAGCAUGGGCAUGAGCCCCGGCGUUAGCAUGGGGCCGGGCGUGGUGGGGCAGCAGCAGUCGUAUCAGCUUAUGCGGAGAGCACAGUACCAGCAGCAGGCCAUGGGCGCUCAUGGGCAGUUCCAGGCACCGCAGCCCACGAGCUACCAGCAAACCAUGCAGCAGGCAACGCCGCAGCAACAGCAACAGCAGCAGCAGCAGCAACGCAUGCAGCAGCAUCUGGGCAUGCAGGCGACACAGAUGGGGCAGCAGGGAAUGAUGAGCGGGAUGACGCAGGGUGGCAUGGGCCCCGAGGGUGGCCCCACGGCCAUCACCCAGGCGCAGCAGCGACUGAUGCUACAGGUUCAGAUGAAGCAGCAGUUGGUGGCGGCGGCCGCAGCAGCGAGUGGCGGCGGCCAGUCGACGCCCAUGAGCCCACAGCAGCAGCACAUGCUGGCAGGGCAGCAAGCGGCGCAUAUGGCCGGCCAGCAGAUCCCAACGUCACUCAGCAACCAAGUGCGCUCGCCGCAGCCUGUGCCGUCGCCGCGGCCCCAGUCGCAGCCUCCGCACUCGAGCCCGUCGCCGCGGAUACAGCCGUCGCCACACCACGUCUCUCCGCAGACGAGUUCCCCGCACCCAGGCAUGGCAGGCGGCCCGCCGCAGCCGUCGGGAAUGGAGCAGCAGGGACACUUCACGGCGCCGGAUCAGAGCGCCAUGCUGCCACAGCUGCCAGGGCCUGGCAUGGGACAACACCACCUGGGGCCAGGGGACAUGGGCCUCGGGGCCGAUGGGUCGGACAUGGGGGGCAAUGGUCCGCAAGCGCCUGACGAGCUGGAAAAGUUUGUGGAGACGUUGUAGUGUUGCGUGUGGAGAUGGACACACCCUUCGGACUUGACUUAAAUUUUUUUUCUUUUGUUUUUGUACAGUUAAACUUGGGAAUAUUUACGUAGAAAACUUUAGUAAUGAGGAUGUAAUUCUUGUGGGAAGCUAAUGCUAAUAUAUUCCAUGCUGGCCGGAAUGAGAUGGUCGCAGUGGAUCGUUUUGUUUUGCUAAGGACACUGAUUUUUCAACAACGAACUUUUAAUAUGCAUAUUUUAUAUUUUUUCCUCCGUCUUUCUUGCAUUCAUGUUGUAUCGUGUCCAAAUUCAUUUGUGGCAAAUGCAACAUGUCAAUGUACACAAAAAAAUGUCAUUCUUUCUAAGAUGAAGAUAUAGCCGGAAGAAUUUAAACUUUUUCUAUAAGUGUCUGUGGAGACGUUUCAAGUAUUAAUUUGUAUAGUUAGGAAUUAUAGAUAUAUCGCGCACAUUUAUUUGCCGAUGCCUCUGUCUUUUGGAUGUAGAAAUGAUUCCGCCUCCUGGUUUCUUCCUAGCCCUAGUUUUUCUCUCACGACGCCUGUAGAAGCUGCUUCUUACCCGUGCCCUCUCGGUUGCUUCUGGAGUGUAAAGAUCUUGUCAAAGAAAGAAAACAGUGUAAAUCAUGCAGGCCCUUGGAAUACGAUUGGUAUAAAUAUAUGAUGGAACGUAAAUGAAGGCACUGUAAAAAAAACUGCAUAUUUCCUUCCUUUAUGCUUAACUGAAAUAAAUGUCUGCACCUUUAAAAUGGUGAUGUGACCUUGAUAUCGCGUUAAUGCUGUAAAUGGUUUGGGGGAGUGUUAUUGUUUUUUAUUAUUUGUUUUUUUUGUUGCCGCUGAAUUUACGUUUGUACAAGAACCAAAGCCCUUGUGCAUUGAUGCCGACUUCCACCCAUUGCUGAGGCUCGGGAAGUGGCUUGCUUGGUAGGGGGGCAUGUACAUAUAAACUGUGUUACAGGACUGUCUGCCAGCCAAUCACGGCCCCUUGUGUCCCUCUGCAGUAAUGUGCUAAAUAAAUGAGAUUGUGGUACAACUACUCGCAGCGUUAGUGUCGACAUGUUCUCUCUCAGUCCGCCCAGGUGCCGUGAACACAAACCUGGACGCACGCCCGUGACCCGGCCAAGUGUUGAAAAAUUCCUGAAGUUAUUUUUUUCUGGGUGGAAGGAGGACUGCUGUUUUGUUAAAUAAAACUAUGUAAAUCGUGAAUCUUUACAUACUUGGCACCAAAUGAUCACUUACGGAUCGUUGCGUUAUAAUUUAAUUGGUUUCAAACUAUGGCAAGUGAAAUUGACAUGCUUCUUGAAUUAACGUUGGCGUUGUGAUGUGCGAUGUAGCGAUCUAUUUACGCUGUUUUCAUGUUAGGUGUAGGCUUGGAUUGUGAUAUGGUAAUUUGAUAACACUAGUAACGGAUUUUUUUUUUAUCAGGAAUUUAGUUUAUCGUAUUUCAUUGCCAUAUAUUUUUAGUAAUUUUAGUUCUCUUAGUUUCUUACAAGCUUUUAAUAAGGUCACACUCAUCAGAUUUUGUUAAAACAUUGAAAAACCAAUAAAUUGGUGCUUGCACUUUAUUUGGCCGUACUUGACUCAGUACAAAUAUUGGCAAUGAUUGCUGAGCGGAGAAUAAUUAAAUUGCGGUAGAAACACUUUAUCCUAUGGUUUUGGGUUGAACACCUCGUCCAGUGUUGAUUGAGGAUCCCAGCGUUAUUGGUCACUUGUUGAACAUUAAGCAGUCAUUUGGAAAAGGUCAUCCCACUUUUUAUUCUUCAUGUCAAUAAUAGGAGGUACCGCCAACUUGUUGAUUCGUGAAUUAAAUGUCAUGUUCCCUUGCCAUGACCAACUCUGCACCGUUUCUACAUACAAGGUGCUUGCUGCUUGGUGAGAUGGGGACAAAUCCAAAUACUGUAAUAUUUCUUCCAACGAUUUAAAACACUGAAACAGAAAUCCUCGUUGAACGGCCCUGCUUGGAAUGUGUCGUUUUCCAAAGGAGGAGCACAACUUUAGGUGUCGGCGAUACGUAACCACACUGCUGUGGUUUUUCUGCUGAAUAAACAUGAUGGCAAAAAAAGCAAUAGAUUGACUUCUCGUGCAUGAGCUCCCAGCGAAGUGUCUCAGCAAUGUAUCCUGUAAAUUGCGAGCCUCUCACAGGAAACGGUGAUAUGUUUACGUACAAACGAUUUUCUGAAUGCAUACUAUGCGUUGAUCAUAACUCUGAGGACACUGGCAAGCAAAUGGUUGUUAAGUUCAUUUCGGCAGCAGCAUAUUUGUUAUUUAAAUCUCGGUAAAGUCAAAUGAAAUGCGUGCGUCUGCUGUAGGGGAGUUACGUACGUGGUGAUUGUAAAAAAAACUUGUGCCGAGCUACAAGGAAACAUUGUGUUGAGUGACAUUUUUUUCUGCUGCUUUUUUAGGCCUUGUCAAAGCAUAUUUAGAAUUUGUAUGUUUAUAGAGUUUAAGGUCCCAAGAGCUGAGUGAAUGACUCAAUUAAAGAAAAUAAAUUUAACACUCUACAGUAAUAUAAAGACGCUAAUACAAACUGUUAAUAUUAUUUGGUCACCCGUUUUGCCACCUGCAAUGUGAUAAUCCAUUCUCUAGUAAGACGAGCGUAAAUUUGACAUCUGCAGUAUUACAUUGCUUCAUUGAUUAGACAUCUUGUUUAAACUUAAAGUAAUAACCAGAUUUAAAUACUGGAAAUAAAAUUGUGUGCCAUCUAAAUACCUUGAGGGCCUACUCACAAUUAAUACUGCCCGCUGGCCAAAAUGUUAACUCUUUUUAUUUCGGUGAAAAAUUGGCGCAUGCUCCAUGUAUAGACAAUUUGUGUUUCUCCAUAAUUUCCGCCUUCAACGUUUCCUUGUACGUAAGCGCUCUUGAUAAAAGGGAUUUACCAACCUUC